AUAGGAGGCAGUGAGUGGAUCCCUGCUAAAUGUAGGGAGCGAACACUAGGCCGAGGCUGGUCGGGGGGCUCUUGCCUCUCCUCUUCAGCCUCCGUGGGGCCUAAAAGCCAGCACCCCUCUGGGAAGGGGUCCCCUAGCUUGUCCGGUACCUUUUUUUCCUGAGCAGGCCGCAGGUACCUGGACGCUGAGCGGCUUCUCCGACGGAGCUCUGCGCUCAGCAGCGGCUCCGCCCUCCUCUAUGACGCGAUCGGCGUCACUUCCUGUGCGACCCGGAAGUGACGCGUCCAAGAUGGCGGCGCGCAUACAUGCUGGAGGCCUCGAUUUGGGGCCUCGCAUGUGGGGUUGAUUUUUCUAUGGAAGAGUCCCCCAGAAGAGGAGGCGGUCCCGGCGGCGAUGAGGGGAGGGCCUGUAAGGUAGGAACCUUAUUUAAAUGCUAUGAUGUGUGCUUAUGUGGCGGUUGCAUCAUGGAGGCCCAAGGUGUGAGCAAGCUAGAUGCGGUUGCUGACCCCCUCGUCCAGGGUAAUGUAAGUAGUAUCCGGCUGGCAGGUGUAUAGUUCCCCCUAGGCUGGUUCUUAUAUCUCCUUCUCCCCCUAUUAAGGUGGAAAAGGAGGCGGGACAUAGACCGCAUGGAGACACUAAGAAAAAAGCUAAGAAGUGUGCGACAUGCACAAAAAAGCUGUCUGAAUCGUAUAGAAAGGCCCUCUGCAUGGAUUGCUUAGCAAGAAUCCUGAAGGAAGAACAACCAUCCUUUCUGGAAGAGCUGAGAACCAUCGUCAGGGAGGAAGUACAGGCGGCCGGAAUGAAUCAGCCCCCUUCUCUUCCAGUUCCCGCUUCCCCUCCGUCCAAGCGUACCAGGGUACACUUAGUAUCGGAUUCAGAGGAAGAAACCGGGUACCCUUCAGACGAUCUGGAGGAUCAGAUCCCCCCGUCGGUGUCAGAGGAGCCUAGGAAAUACCUGUUUUCCUCGGAUCAGCUGGACUCGCUCCUUACUGCAGUAAGGCAGACCAUGGCAGUGGAGGAGGAGGAGCCGAAACGUUCUAUACAGGACGAGAUGUUCGGCGGAUUAAGGGCCAGGAAAAGAAAGAUUUUCCCGGUGAAUUCUUACCUUCAAGAUCUGAUCAAAGAGGAAUGGGAAGAAGGUGACAAAAAACUCUAUAUUCCCAGAGAAUUCAAGAGCAGACUGGCCUUCAAUCCAGAGGAGACUAAACUUUGGGAUGAAAUUCCAAAAGUCGACAUCCAGGUGGCCAAGGUGGUGAAGAAGACAUCUAUUCCAUUCGAGGAUUCUUCACAAUUAAAAGAUCCCAUGGACCGGAAAAUGGAUGGACUCCUGAAGAAGGCCUGGGAAUCCUCAGCGGCCACUAUUAAUGCUAACAUUUCAGCAACCUCAGUGGCUCGAGCAAUGUGCUUAUGGCUGGAGCAACUGGAGGAGCAUCUCAAGAUAAAGACCUCCAGGGAGGAAAUUCUUGAGUCCUUACCCUUAUUAAAAUUUGCUGCAUCCUUCAUGGCGGACGCCUCAGAGCUCAGGCCCAAAUAAGCAAUGACAUCAGGCCAGUAGGGGGCAGGCUCCGCUUAUUUUGGGAAUCCUGGACUCGGAUUACCCAAAACCAGUGGAUCCUAAAGACCAUCCGAGAAGGGGUAAAAUUAGAUUUCCGUGGUCCUCCCCCGGAAAGAUUCCUGGUUACAAAAGUCCAUUCAGUGAGUCAGCAGAAUCAAUUAGGUCUGGACGUGCAGAAACUACUAAAAUUAAAUGCUAUCGUCCAGGUUCCGGAAAAUCAGAAAUUUCUAGGUCACUACUCAAGUCUCUUUCUAAUAAAGAAACCAGACGGAUCCUUCAGGACAAUUAUCAAUUUGAAGUCCCUGAACAAAUCAAUAACCUAUCAAAAAUUCAAGAUGGAAUCCAUAAAGUCGGCAAUUCCAUUGAUUUCAGAGGGAGACCUCCUAUGCACCUUGGACCUGAAGGAUGCGUAUUACCACAUCCCGAUUCACCCCCUACACCAGAAAUAUCUCAGGUUUGCAGUCAUUCAGGAGGGGACGGUUCUUCAUUAUCAAUUCCAGUGUCUCCCCUUUGGAAUCUCUUCAGCCCCUCGAAUCUUUACAAAAGUCAUCACGGAAAUUGUGGCACAUUUGAGAAAGCAGCAAAUAAGGAUUGUUCCAUAUUUGGACGAUUUUCUUCUUAUAGCCAACACGAAACAAGAUCUAGAGGACAGUAUUCAUCAGACCUUAGCCCUCUUCAAGGAUCUAGGUUGG